AGGAGUACCUGCGCGUCCUGAACCUGGGCCUGGCCGAGGUGAAGAAGUCCUUCCUGGGCCCCUUCUCGCCGUCCUGCGGGAUGGUGCAGAUGAUGCGGCGGUUCCUGUACACCGCGCUGCCCGAGGACGCCUACAAGGCCGCCACGGGGAAGCUGCACGUGGGCCUCACGCGCUUCGAGGACGGCGAGAGCGUGGUGGUGUCGGACUUCACGUCCAAGGAGGAGCUCAUCGAGGCCUUGUACUGCAGCUGCUUCGUCCCCGUGUACUGCGGCUUCAUCCCCCCGACCUACCGCGGUGUGAGGUACAUCGACGGGGGCUUCACCAGCAUGCAGCCCUGCUCCUCCUGGACGGACUCCAUCACCAUCUCCACCUUCAGCGGACAGCAGGACAUCUGUCCUCGGGACUGCCCGGCCAUCUUCAAUGACUUCCGCUUGUUCAACUACUCCUUCCAGUUCUCCCUGGAGAACGUGACCCGCAUGACCCACGCCCUGUUCCCCCCGGACCUGGUGAUCUUGCAAGAUUACUACUACCGGGGCUAUGAGGACGUGGUGGCGUACCUGAGGCGGCUGAACGCUGCGUACGUCGAUUCUCCCUCCAGGAGGGUGAUCUUCCCGCGCGUGGAGGUGUACGCCCAGAUAGAGCUGGCCCUGGGCCCUAAGUGCCCCCCGAGGCCCCGGGCCCGGCCGGAGGAGCCUUCCCGGGAGGACGGGGACCAGCAGGUGCCACCGCCUGGAGUCCCACCCAACGCGUCCGCGUUGCCAAGGCCGUCGGCUGAGCCUGCGCCUCCAACGUCACCCCGAGGCCGCCCACCAGCGUCACCUGCUCGGCCACCCGUGGAGACCACCACAAGGGGGCAGCACGGGCGCCGUUUGGUCUUCGCUGAGGUGAUUUUGGAGCAGGCGGCUCCCCGCAGGGGCAGCAAAAGUGUCUUCGGGAAGCUGUUGCAUCUGGGAUUUCUGUGGUGGCUGCCUAGUGGGUGGGGGCUGGGGAUGCCACUGAGCAUCCUACCCCGUGCACAAGACAGCCCCCAGCAAGGACUCAGCCGUCUGACCGAGGCCGUGAGACCUCUCCGGGCCGCUCGCCCUUGUCUCUCCGUAAAUGACCAAGCCCCCACCCACCUCAUCCACUUCUCCUCCUAUUUUGCUUUGGUCGCAGCCCUCCUUGUCCCUUCCAAUCCAAAAGGUGCCGCGGCUCGGACUAACGUGAAGGACGCUGUCAGCAAGCCCAGUGUGAUGGAGAGCCCCGCUGCAGACUCGAGCUGGGCGAACAAGGAACUCAAGAGGAACAAACACAGCUCAAGCAGCUCCCAGAAAGGCUUCCCAAGACAUCCUCGAGCCAAAAAGCCUAACAGCAAAGCACAGUCCGCGCCCUGCGUGCCCACCUUCCCGCUGCCGUCCGCCCCCGAGACCCUGUGGAUCACCUCCAGGCCCCAUCACAGCCCGAGCCAGGAGUACGCCGGCCCCGAGGUGUGCAAGCUGGCGGUAUCCCCCAGGACAGACCCCGCCUGUCCCGUCCCAGGUUGUCGGGGUGACCCCUCGGCCUAUCGCCCAGGGAGCUGUGAGCUGAGAGAGAAAGCCCGAGCUGGAGCGGAGAGGACGUGGACGCCUCGCUGGCCCGGGGACCCCGCUGCCUCACCCUCCCAGGCCCAGGCCUGAGCGGGCACCACCAGGGCUCAGCUCCUGUCCAGAGAGCCUCCUCCCCUCUUCCCGGUCUCCCUCGGGGCGUGGCCUCGGUUGUCCUCCUCCUCGGGACCCCGUGCAUGGGGCAAACCUCAGAGGUCCGGCAGGACCGAGCUAGACACCCUCUGCUGCUCCUGGGGUGCCCAAGGGUCCCCCUGGAACCACUGGCGUCGGCCUAGCCCUUGGCCUGGCCUUGGGGGUCUUUCAAAGCCCCCGGGCUCUGCGGUGUGGAGGCUGUUGCUGUGCCUGUGCACAAUGUCCAGGUGGCAGGACACCAGAUGCACCCCAGCUCCCCAGAGAGGCUGAGCAGCACCCCUGCCGGGUCGAGACCCCCUGGCUUCCCGCACCCCCACUGCAUUUGCUUAACAAAUCCCAGGAUGCAAAACCCAGCACACAGGUGGAUGGAUCUGCAAAGCAGAGCCUGAGGGGAGCCUGAGGGGGCAGGUGCAGGCUGCAGUGGAAGGAGAUGUGCAUUUAACAGGGGCUCCGCGGGGACCCAGGGUGCACCCCACACACCGCCUGCCACGCAGGCCUCUCGGGGCCUGGAAUCCACCUGAGGGCCAGAGGGGCUCUGUCCAGCCCCAGGCACACACAAGGGAGUGGAACCCACCCAUAAUCAUGGCCCUUCCUGCAGAACUGUUACAAGGAUCAAUAAAUCCCCUGCAGAGUUCUCCAAAUUUUGGUUAAUUUCCCAUGUUUUGAGGCAAUUAAGAAGAUUAUUCUUGCAUUUGUUCCAGAUAAGACACAGGACAUCUUGUUAAAUAGGAAUUUCACAUAAACACUGAAUAAUUGUUUUUGUAGAAGUACCUUCCUCAUACUACAGUUCUAUGCUGUUUAUAUGAAAUUCAAAUUUAGCUGGACAUCCAUAUUUUUAUUAGCUAAAUCUGGCAACCCCGAGUUAGUCUCUCUGUCCCUCUCUCUCUGUCUCUCCCCUAGUCCUGGGGAUUGAAUUCAAGGCCUU